AUGGCAGGAAGAAACGCUGGGAGGAAUGAUGAGGCUCUUGCUGCAGCUAUGCAGGCAAUGGCUCAGGCGUUCCAGAACCCACCCAAUGCUGACGAGAACGUGGGGUCUCGUAGUCUGGCGACGUUUCAGAGGGAGAACCCGCCUACUUUUUUGGGUAGGUAUGAUCCUGAAGGAGCCUUGGCUUGGUUGAAGGAGAUUGAAAGAAUCUUCAGAGUGAUGGAUUGCACUCUUGUGCAAAAGAUCCGUUAUGGAAUUCAUAAGCUGUCAGGUGGAGCCGAUGAUUGGUGGGUGGACACUCGUCUAAGGAAGUAUUAUCCAGAAGAUGUGCGAGGAAAGAAAGAGAUUGAAUUCCUCGAGUUGAAAGAAGGGAACUUGUCAGUCACGGAGUAUGCUGCUAAGUUCACUGAAUUGGCUAAGUUCUAUCCUCACUAUGAUGGAGCCAAUGCCGAAUUCUCUAAGUGCAUCAAGUUUGAAAAUGGAUUGCGUCCGAAAAUUAAGAAAGCUGUGGGAUAUCAAAAUAUUCGCGUCUUUACGGAUCUGAUUGAUAGUUGUAGAAUCUUUGAAGAGGACAACAAUGCACACUAUAAGAUCUUGUCUGAGAAGAGAGGAAGGGGUCAACACAGCCGUGGUAAGCCAUAUGAAACUCCGGUUGGGAAAGGGAAACAGAAAGUGAUUCCGGGUCGAAGAACAAGUGGGGGAGAUGCUCCUGCUAAUGUUAUCUGUGUCAAGUAUGGAAAGCCGGGUCACAAGAGUAAUGUGUGUAGGCUUGGUGAAACGAGAUGUUUCCGUUGUGGUAUGCCGGGACAUGCGGCUCGUGAUUGUAAGCAGAAGGAUGUUGUUUGCUUUACUGUGGGGAAGGAGGACAUAUGA